AUGGCGGCCAUGGCGGCGUUAGGCCGGCGGCUGCUGCCGGCGCUCGGGAGGGCGGUGGGGUGCAGGAGGGUGCAGAACCCCCCCGGAUCGCAGACCCCCCCCUAUGAGGAGUCCUCGGCUGACUUCAUCUUCGUGGAGCGGCUGGUGCCCCCCAGCAUCGUGCCCGACCCCCCCCCGCACCCCUCCUACCCCACUCCAUCAGGCUGGAGCCCCCCCGCAGACCCCCCCCCAGCCCUGCCCUACUUCAUCCAGCGCUCCCGGUACCACAACCUCCCGGUGUACGAGCGGGUGGUGAGCGGCAACCGGCGCCUCACGGACCUGCAGCACGUGGAAGGGGACCUCUGGGCGCUGGAGCGGGAGGUGCGGGAGCUGCUGCAGUCACUGGGGGUGUUGGAGCCGGAGGUGCAGGUGAAUGAAGUCACGGGCAGGCUCCGGAUCAGGGGGCAUUGGGGUGCGGAGCUGCGGCGCUGGCUGCUGCAGAAGGGUUUCUAGUGCCUGAGAUAGCCCAUAAUAACCCCGAGACAGCCCAUAAUAAACCAGGACACGCCAAACCA